AUGAUUCCAAGUCCACCAUGUAAAUUUAAUGAUUAUAAUAAUAUCCAUUGCCUAAAAUGGUAUCCUACAAAGAAAUCCGUGCCUCCAACGCCCUCCUCAACGACGCCACAACACCCCGCAUCGCCGUCUUCGCCGGCCUUAGUAGCCACCGGCGCCAGCGUGAGAAUCUACCUCAUUGCACGCAAAAGCUCUGAAGAGCGCUCGCGGAUUUUCAUCCAGGAACUACACGCUAUCAAUCCCAAAGCCGAGAUCAUCUGGACAGAAGGCGAGAUCUCGCUCCUCGCCGAGACGAAGAGGGUAUGCGAGGUCAUCAAAAGUAGGGAAUCGCGCAUCGACCUCCUCUUCCUCACCACUGGCUAUGCGCCGUUCGGAGCACGCAACGAGACGGCAGAGGGCAUAGAAAUCACGCAAAGCCUGGUAUACUACUCCCGGAUCCUCUUCAUUCAGCACCUCCUCCCCCUCCUCAGCGCCGCAGAAGCCCCUAAAAUCGUCAGCGUCCAGGGUGGCGGGCUAGAGCGCACGACCGUCGACCUGGAUGAUAUGGAUCUCAAGAAAUCCGGGGAUUUCGGCGUCGUGAAGACCCAUGUGCAAUAUGUUAGUAUGAACUCGACAAGCUGA